AUGGUUCGAUCUCAGCCAGGUGCUUUGAAGUACAAGAGCAAGCUCGGCUUUGAAGGCCUCCCAAACCAGGCCUGGACGACGGCGUCCGUGAAAGAUGUUCUCAAGCAGCUGGGUGAUGAGCUGAUCGAGAUCCUGCCGCCGGCAAGCCGCCGCGAGCUUGAGGUCAUGGCGUGGCUUCGUGACCCUUCCUUUGUUGGCAAGGUGGUGACGGUGGAGAUACCUGAGUCGAAGCUGACAAACAAGCCACGAGUCCAUGGAUGA